AUGUGUGAGCAGAAUCUCCGCGUCGGGGUCAAAUACCGCAUUGGCCGCAAGAUUGGCUCCGGUUCGUUCGGCGAAAUAUACCUGGGCACUAAUAUCAUAUCUGGAGAAGUGGUCGCUAUUAAGCUUGAAUCUAUCAGGGCUAAGCACCCCCAGCUUGAGUAUGAAACCCGCGUCUACGAGUCUCUGGCUGGCGGCGUCGGCAUCCCCUUUGUACGCUGGUUUGGUACCGAAGGGGACUACAACGCCAUGGUACUUGACCUCCUCGGCCCAAGCUUGGAGGACCUGUUCAACUUCUGCAACCGAAAGUUCUCGUUAAAGACUAUUCUUCUUCUCGCCGAUCAGUUCAUUUCCCGAAUUGAAUAUAUUUAUUCAAAGUCUUUCCUCUACCACGAUAUUAAGCCCAAUAACCUCCUUAUGGGCAUGGGUAAGCGUGGCAACCAAGUUAAUGUCAUUGAUUUUGGUCUAGCUAAGAGGUACUGGGAUCCUAAGACUCAUUUUCAUAUUCCUUAUUGUGAGGGUGUGGAGCAGUCCCGCCGUGAUGAUGUGGAAUCUCUAGGCUACGUCAUGCUCUACUUCUAUCACGGCUCGCUUCCUUGGCAAGGUCUGAAGGCAGCUAACCAGAAAUAA